AUGACUAGGCCACGCUGCUUCCUGGAGAAGCUCAGUUGCCGGGCGGCGGCGGUGGGGGGUCCCGGGGCGGCGGAUUUGGGGCCUCCGGGGGCUCCGGGCUUCCCCCCGCGCUGCCCGGCGGCGCCGUCGUUCUCCGAGGCCUGCGGGCUGGUGCGGAGCCGGGCGUCCUGCCUGCUGCUCGGCCCCCACCGCCGCCACGUGGCCCUGGCGCCCAGGUACCUGCGCAGGAAACGCAGCGGCAUCCGGCAGCAGCUCGACGCGCAGCUCCUGCGCUACUCGCACAGCCUCCAGGGCGUUCCUGUGGCUUAUGAUAACAUCAAAAUAGUGGGACCCCUGGGAGAUAUUUAUGAUGACCAAGGGCACAUUCACAUCAACAUCGAGGCAGAAUUUGUCAUCUUCUCUCCUGAGAAAGGGGCAACGCUUGUGGGGCAGGUCAACAAAGUGUCGCCAAGUCACAUAGGCUGCCUGGUGCACGGCUGCUUCAACGCCUCCAUCCCCAAACCCGAACAGAUGCAAAGCGAACAGUGGAAAGAUCUGGGGAUACAAAUAGGAGACGAGUUGGAAUUCGAAGUAUUCCGUCUAGACUCUGAUGCUGCCGGAGUGUUCUGCAUUCGGGGACAGCUGAACGAAAACAGCUUGAAAGCCAAGUGUCCCGAAAGCCAGGCGCCAGAGGAGUCGGCGGAGAUCGACCACGAUCCCGGGGCCACCGAAGAAACUCCCAAGAAAAAGCGGAAAAAGAAAAAGGACUCGAAGAACCACGAGGAGGGAGACGGGGCGGCCGAGGCAGCCGAUUCCGCAACGGUUGCCGUGAAGGAGGAGACGGACAUACAGCCCAUUGACGGUGUGAACGGCCUCUGUGAGACACCGCUAAAGAAGAAGAAGAAGAAGAGAAAGAGGGAGGAGAGGGAGGCUCAGGACCCUGGGUUUCAUGGCAGCGACUCCAGCGGUUACCAGAGCGACCACAAAAAGAGCAAGAAAAAGAAAAGGAAACACUGUGAUGCUGACUCUUCUCAACUAUUAGAAGAGCCGCUGCGUAAAAAGAAUUCCGAGUAAAUCGUUUCUCAGACUGCUGACGCGUCCUGAAGAACGUCAGCCCAAUUCUCUUAGGAUCAGGUGCUCUAUCAUUUCAGGUUUUUAAUCUAGUCCCCCAAAAGCACGCUUAAGCUGUCGCACACAAAUAGAGGCACAGAAAGCUCCUUGGGAAUCUGUACAUUUUGAAGACUCAGAAGAUUUUCAUUUGGUCCCGGAAUGAAAGGAUGAAUUGGAAUAGAUAUAUAGCAAUCAUGUGGUCAACAUGUCAAGAUUCUUUUUACUAUGCCAAAAUGCAGUACUGUACUUCUAGUAUAUAGUUGCAUUUGAAAGCCACUUUUUCUUUGUAGCCACUUUCUGAGCUGUGUCAGAACUCGUUGUAUGCGAGGGAAAAUAAACAGUCUUUAAGAGCAACACUGUUUUACAUUGGUAAAUCGGUGCUCUGUCAAUCGAUCA